CCACCAAAUCCGCUAGAUUAAAGGAGGCGCGCACACGGGAGGCGCAUAGUUUCUCCUGACAAAAACUAUUGUGCGUUUUCAUGCGUUUGGAGCGGUUUUGUUUUUAACCCAGGACCGGAGGAUGUGCGAUCUGUGAAGACUGGGAUUGUACCGGAGAUACAAACAUUUUACCAGCCUCCUGUCAGACUUGAUUUAAAGAGAAAGAGAAACAACUAGAUGUUUUUACGGAUCAGAUCCAUGAAAGUCCGAGGAACAACAACAACCUCAUGACUUACCUCGAAAGAGCCAGACGCCGGAUUUAUUCAACUCAAGAUCGCCUUUACACUAUUGCACGUAGUAGAAUAAUGAAUUUUAAUGAUUUAUUUUUAUUUUGAAAAUAUGAUAUUCUGGACUUCAGAUAUCAGAGGAAAGAAUAGCUAGAAUCAAGAAUUUUCUUUGUCUGCAUUGACACACUGAUUGCUGUCUGACUGCUAGUGGAAGACAGCAAACAAUCCAAUUAUAACGUGCAAAGACGAACAUGUCAACACUCAGACUAUUUCCUGAUUAGACAAGAGGCUGAAUAGUAUUGAAUUGCAAUGGGAAUGCAAUAGCAGUUGCAUUGAUUUACGCCUUUUUAGACAUUAAUUAAAAGAAAUCAACUGUUUAGAGGCAGAGACGUGUGGGAUCUGGCUAUGUCCUUCUUUAAUUUCCGAAAGAUCUUUAAAUUGGGAGCAGAGAAGAAAAAGAAACAAUAUGAUCACGUGCACAGGGACACAAAUCCGGAGGAAAUCUGGGAGAUUGUGGGAGAACUGGGGGAUGGAGCCUUUGGAAAGGUGUUCAAGGCUCAAAACAAGCAGACAGGCAUUUUUGCUGCAGCAAAGGUGAUUGAUACCAAAACUGAAGAUGAGCUGGAGGACUACAUGGUGGAGAUCGACAUCUUGGCAUCAUGUGAUCAUCACAAUAUUGUCAAGCUGCUUGACGCAUUUUACUACGAGAGCAAACUAUGGAUCCUGAUAGAGUUCUGUGCUGGUGGAGCUGUCGAUGCUGUUAUGCUCGAGCUGGAAAGGCCUCUUACGGAGCCGCAGAUCCGGGUUGUUUGUAAGCAGACUCUGGAUGCUCUGCAGUAUCUGCAUGACAACAAGGUGAUCCACAGAGACCUGAAGGCAGGAAACAUCCUGCUGACACUCGACGGAGACGUCAAACUGGCUGACUUUGGAGUGUCUGCCAAGAACACAAAGACUAUCCAGCGAAGAGACUCUUUCAUUGGAACCCCUUACUGGAUGGCCCCAGAGGUGGUGAUGUGCGAGACGUCUAAGGACAGGCCGUAUGACUAUAAGGCUGAUAUUUGGUCUUUAGGAAUCACUCUGAUCGAACUGGCUCAGAUCGAACCGCCCAACCAUGAGAUGAACCCAAUGAGAGUUCUGCUCAAGAUCGCCAAAGCUGACCCACCUACUCUCAUGCAGCCGUCAAAAUGGUCUCCUGAGUUUAAUGACUUCCUGAAACAUGCACUGGAUAAGAACUUGGACAACAGAUGGAGCACAGCACAACUUCUUCAGCACCCGUUUGUGAGUACUGUGACUGACAGCCGACCCCUGCGGGAGCUCAUCGCUGAGGCCAAGGCUGAGGUCACAGAGGAAUUCGAGGACCUGAAAGAGGAAGAGGAGGAAGAAGACCAUGAAGGAAACCUGCUGCUUCCUGGACACAAACGUGCACCAUCUGACGCUAGCGUUGGAAGCUCUGAAGAUGAGAAGCUUCCUCAGUCACCAUCCACCUUGGAGUCUGUCCCGGAGAAGAUCGAGGAGGUCGCUACACCCAAACUGCCUGAUGAUAAUGUUAUAACUGGAAUAAAGAAGGAGGAAGAACCUCUGAAGGUGGAUGAGAACCACACUGAGGAUGUAGCAGAACCUGAAACCAAGGAACAAGCUGUGGACGUAUCUCCAAAAGAAUCUAAAGCUGAAGAGAAGCCGGUAGAACCAGAGACUCCUGAAGAUUCAGUAGUCCAGACAGAAGAGCAAAGAGCCAAACCUGAUGGAGAGAAACUAGAAGAGGAAAAGGAGGUGGUGGGCAAUAGUGAACUCAUAAAGGAAGUGCCUGCAUUAGACAUUUCUACAUUGGAAACAACAGAGCCUGCUAAGGAAGCUGUGCCUGAUGAGCCAACUCCACUGAAGGAAGCAGAGAAUGUUGAGGAGAAGGAACAACCUGAAGUGGUGGAGAAACAAAGCCCAGUGAAGCCCAGGUAUGUGAAGAAGGAGGACUCAGACUCUGGGAUCAGUUCUUCAGCUGACAACAGCAGCAUAGACCUGAACUUAUCCAUCUCCAGCUUUAUUAGCAAAUCCAAGGAGCCAGGAACCAUCUCUCAGCAGGACAACAAGAGGCAGAAAAAAACUCUGAAAAAGACUCGCAAGUUCAUCGUGGAUGGUGUGGAAGUGAGCGUAACCACGUCUAAGAUCAUCACAGACAAUGACACCAAAAGCGAGGAGAUGAGAUUCCUCCGGCGUCAGGAGCUGAGGGAGUUGAGACUUCUGCAGAAAGAGGAGCAGCGAGCCCAACAGCAGCUCAGCAACAAACUUCAGCAGCAGAAAGAGCAGAUCUACAGACGCUUCGAACAGGAAGUCACGAGUAAGAAGCGUCAGUAUGAUACAGAGGUGGAGAAUAUGGAACGGCAGCAGAAACAGACCAUUGAGCGUCUAGAGCAGGAACACACCGAGCGCCUCCGAGAUGAGGCCAAACGCAUCAAAGCUGAACAGGACAAAGAGCUUUCCAAGUUUCAGAGCACGCUCAAGAACCGCAAGAAAGAGGAGCAGGAGUUUCUUCAGAAGCAGCAGCAGGAUCUGGACACCGCUCUGAAGAAGAUCAUUCAGCAGCACAAACAUGAGUUGGCCACUAUCGAGAGAGAUUGUCUCAACAACAAGCAGCAGCUCCUGAGAGCCCGAGAAGCUGCUAUGUGGGAGCUGGAGGAGCGCCACCUACAGGAAAAACACCAGAUGCUCAAACAGCAGUUGAAAGACCAGUACUUCAUGCAACGACACCAGCUGCUCAAAAGACAUGAGAAGGAAAUGGAGCAGAUGCAGAGGUAUAACCAGCGUCUGAUAGAGGAGAUGAAGAACAAACAGACACAGGAGAGAACCAGACUGCCUAAGAUCCAACGCAGUGAAGCUAAGACCCGCAUGGCAAUAUUCAAAAAGAGUCUGCGCAUCUCGACCACAGGGGUCAUUCUGAACUCGGAACUGGAACGUGAUAGGGUCAAACAGUUUGCAGCACAGGAGGAGAAGAGACAAAAGAGUGAGCGUGUCCUUCAACAGCAGAAACAUGAUAAUCAAAUGAGAGACCUGCAGACGCAGUGUGAAGUCAACGCCAGAGAACUACAGCAGCUACAGAAUGAGAAGUGCCAUCUGUUGAUUGAGCAUGAGACUCAGAAGCUGAAGGAGCUGGAUGAGGAGCACAAUGCAGAGCUCAAGGACUGGAGAGAGAAACUCAGACCCCGCAAGAAGGCCCUUGAGGACGAGUUUGCCCGUAAGCUACAAGAACAGGAAAUGUUCUUCAAAAUGAGCGGGGAGUCUGCAUGCCUUAACCCCUCCACCCAGAGCCGGAUCUCGAAGUUCUACGCCGUCCCACCUGUCCACUCCACCGGGUUUUAACACGCACAUUCACACUAAAAGCACAGAGAUGCUAAAUCGCAUUGUGACUGAACCUCUGCUGCCUUGUUCCCUCCACGAAAGAGGGAUUUCAUUGCUCCAGUAAGCUACAGAGAAAUGUUUUGCUUUUGUUUUUUAAUUUAAGCUUUAAAAGUAGAUUUUCAGUGUGGUUUCCCUGAACAUUUCUGCAUAAUGUGAUUCUAUAUGCCACUAAAUUGUUUUUUUUAUUAUUAUUGAUUUUUACCUUUUUUCUCAAAGUCUCAGUCUUGAUGUGGUUUACUGUGGUAUUUUUAGGAUUAUAUCUGCAUACAUGGGAUGACUGUUCAGCUUCAGGCUAAUUUGCUUGCACUAAAGAGUCAAUGUUUGAUGUCACUAGUUAUGAGAACCACAUGAAUGAUUUAAAUAUCAAUCAUAAUCUUUUUUUUUUUUUUUUUAAUAUUCUUAAUUUCUUGCUUAUUCUAAUGAACCAGAGGCAAAUAAUUUUUCAGUAGAGACAUAAUUUCUUGGUUAUUUCCUGCAUGAGUUACAGGAUAUAAAUAUGACUGUCUGUUAUAUCACUUUUUUUUGAGCAUAUCAUAAAAUGGAUCUAUAGGACUUAUAGUAGCAGCCACACUGUAUGCAAAUAUCCUGACAUCACUGUGGUUUAAAGUGCAUUUGCGCUUGCACUGCUAUGCAAUGUGAACAUGUAGCCUAAAUAAAUCAUCUCAACUUUUAGAUUUAUUUGUGAACUUUAAAACAAGAGAGCUCAAUCUCCUCACAAAAAGAAUAGUUUCACCCAGACAUCUCUACAAUACGUUUGUGUACUUUUUGGUAAAAUUGUAUAGAGGAUAAUGUGUCCUGCACUAGACAUACUUUAAUCAGUCAGGUAUUCUUUUAUUCUUGUAUACUGUAGCACAUAGUUCAGUAAUAGAUUUAGUUUCAUCUCAGCUUACAACAUACAGUUCGAAAUGUGUUUACUGCAUUUACAUUUGUGCCGUAGUCUGUAAAAACUGAACAAAACAACAUUUAAAAUCUGUGAAAAAAAAGUUCUUGUCAUGAUAACCUGCAUGUUUUACAGCAGAUUUGCCUGUAUGGAGAGUGCUGUGCACCUUCUGAUACAUGAAUUCCUGCAGGUUUUAUGCCUGUUUGCAUUUUCAAAGACUUUUUUUUUUUUUUUUUUUAAAGCAUUUUCAACUGACGAGGUAAAGUUAGCAGCAUAACAGUUGUAUGUACUGUGUUUGUGUCAAAGAGCAAAUCAUUGUGAUUAUAGGAUGCUACUGUAAUUAAAACAUUUGUGGUGAAUA